GUGAACAUUGCAUCUCUUUGGCAGUCUCCUUCUCCUCCCACGGGGAGGACUUCGGCGGCGGAGAGAUCAAAAUCUUUGGCUGCCCUCCAACAGUUCCUGACUGCGGCAAAAGGGGCAGGGCUCGUACCCACGUGCCGUCGGAGGGCGGUCCGUACGCACGGCGCUGGCCCAACGGAACUGUGCUUCCUCUGACUCCGGGGGAAUGGCUCUGGGAUGGGGAGCCCGAAAGCGCAUACACGGUGAAGGACACGCUGCGCCCAAAGAGUGGCAGAGCUGUCGUGUGGCUCUCCGAAACGGUCCAUCAGGUGGAGCCUGUCCAGUGGGGCACGCGGAAGAGCCUCUUCUAUUGGUUUACUUGCAAGGAGCCUUUGCAGGACCAGGCUUUCGACUGGUCUGGCUACGCGGAGCGCUUCCUUGGAGGGGGCCUUCCCGCUCUUUUUGGG